GCCCCCUCAGUAGCCGCGCGCCGCGAACGAGCGAGCACGUCGGUCGCGAAUUCGGCUCGCUUUUUUCAAAAUGGUGGAAUUAGGACUCGGAUGGUCUCAAUCAACUGUCAUACGUUUAGUUGAGGAAUAUAAAAAGAGGCCAGAAUUGUGGGACAUAGCACAUGAGUCGUAUAGAAAGCAAACGACUAAGUAUGAGGCCUGGUCGGAGAUGGCGGCCAUCUUUGAUUGCGACAUAGCGGACCUGAGGCGCAAAAUGAAUUCGAUCCUAGCUUCGCUGCGGAGGGAAAAGACGAAGGUUCGCUGCGGCGGGCGCUCGUCGUGGUUCUUAUACGAUUAUAUGCAUUUCCUGCCGACGCAUAUCCCAAAUAAUGUCAUUGGGAGUCCGGACUAUAAACGCUGUACAAAACUGGAAGCAGAGGACGACCAAUCAGACAAUGAAAAUAACGAUACAAUAGUCCACGAAGAAGAAGAACAAGAAGUAGAGGAAGAAGAAGAAAAUGAGGUGGAUGAGGGAGAGGAACAUCAAUUAAUUUAUAUUAAACAGGAACCAAGUACUACAAAAUUCGUCAGACCUACUACAAAGUACAUUCACCAAUCGGUUAAUAAACCAAGGCUUAUUAGGACAAGGCGAAUUAGAAAAAAACCUAUUACCGCUAACAGUAACAAACUUGACAGUAAAAUUUUAGAGACUUUAAAACUAAUCAAAAGCUCGAAUCUCACCAAAAAGAAAGAUGAGUGUGACAGUUUCGGUGAAUAUAUAGCUAAUUCUUUGAGAAAACACGAUGAGAGGACACAGAGUAUGAUCAAACAAGCUAUAAAUAAUAUUCUCUUUGAGCAAGAAAUGAAGAAAUAUGGUCCGGGACCGUAUGAAGUCCUUAUGACAGCCGAAGAAAAUCCAUUAAUUUUAGAAGAUAGUUCUAAAUAAAUUGUUAAAAAUAUUUGUUAUUAGGACGAUUGGAGGAAAAAGGAGGGGAACCUUGUCCAACAGUGGGACAUAACAUUUAAAUACUGGAUAAGAAUAGUAAUUGUUAUGCACAAUCUAACAUUUGUAUAAUAUCAAAAGUACAGACAAAAAUAAUUUUCUAGUUAAUAAUUUUUCAUAUGUUUUUAUAUGUAUGUAUGUAUAUGUAUAUGUAAUCAAUAACUUUUACAUCAUAAUAUUAGCAAACGAUAAAAUGUCUUCCAAGUUUCUCUUGUGUCUCUGUCUACCCCGUAAGGAUUAAAGACGUGAUAUCGUAUCUUUAAUAUCCAUGUGCGAAAAGAAAUAUAAAUUUUGCAUGUGCUGAUUUUAUGGAAAUUGAGUUACAUUCUCAUUCAUCAAUUCAUGUUAAUUGUCAUUAGAAAAACAAAUUACAUAAGAUUAUAUUUUCAGCUGAUAUUUAUUACUCAGAAGCAAUAAUAUCCAUCAUUAUGUCGAGUAACAUCAAUCAAUGAGUGCUGAACGGCGCACAAAAUCGUCCGUAACUAAAGAAAAAAAAAACAAA